GGGGGCGUCCCGGCCGCGGCGCGACCAUGACUCUGGAGUCCAUGAUGGCCUGUUGCCUGAGCGACGAGGUGAAGGAGUCGAAGCGCAUCAACGCCGAGAUCGAGAAGCAGCUGCGGAGGGACAAGCGCGACGCCCGCCGCGAGCUGAAGCUGCUGCUGCUGGGCACUGGGGAGAGUGGAAAAAGCACGUUCAUUAAGCAAAUGCGUAUAAUUCAUGGCUCAGGCUACUCUGAAGAGGAUAAAAAAGGCUUCACCAAGCUGGUGUACCAAAACAUCUUCACUGCCAUGCAGUCUAUGAUCAGGGCCAUGGAAACCCUGAAGAUUCUGUACAAAUAUGAACAGAACAAGGCCAAUGCAGUGCUGAUCCGGGAAGUGGAUGUAGAAAAGGUCAUGACGUUUGAGCAGCCAUAUGUAAGUGCAAUUAAAACAUUGUGGAACGACCCUGGAAUACAAGAGUGUUAUGACAGGAGAAGAGAAUAUCAGCUUUCUGACUCAGCUAAAUACUAUCUUAGCGACGUGGAUCGUAUCGCUACCCCAGGAUAUCUACCAACUCAGCAAGAUGUGCUACGGGUUAGAGUUCCUACAACCGGUAUCAUAGAGUACCCCUUUGACCUAGAGAAUAUUAUCUUCAGAAUGGUGGAUGUUGGAGGUCAAAGAUCAGAACGAAGGAAGUGGAUCCAUUGCUUUGAAAAUGUGACUUCCAUCAUGUUUUUAGUAGCACUUAGUGAAUAUGACCAAGUUCUGGUGGAAUCUGAUAACGAGAACCGGAUGGAAGAGAGUAAAGCUCUCUUUCGAACCAUUAUCACUUAUCCAUGGUUCCAAAACUCUUCUGUUAUCCUGUUUCUCAACAAGAAAGAUCUGUUGGAAGACAAGAUCCUAUAUUCCCACCUUGUUGACUAUUUCCCAGAGUUUGAUGGCCCACAGAGGGAUGCACAGGCAGCCCGUGAGUUCAUUCUCAAGAUGUUUGUGGAUUUAAAUCCAGACAGCGAUAAAAUCAUCUAUUCUCACUUCACAUGUGCCACAGACACAGAAAACAUCCGUUUCGUCUUUGCCGCUGUCAAGGACACCAUCCUACAGCUCAACCUGAAGGAGUACAACCUGGUUUGACCCGCUCUGCUCUUGGCCCCUUGAGAGGCUUCAUUGUGAAGAAAAGACAAAAAAAGAAAUUUUAAAUAUGACAGGAAAAAAAAGUUUUAAUUUUUGAUGAUGUAAUGAUUGCAAAUUGUCUGAUCUGUGGAGUGGCAAGUGCUCAGUGUUAUCCUGGAGUCUCAUGUCUCUGUCCACAGAGUAGUUGAUUUCAUAUUUUUAACAAAUUGCUUUUAUUUCACAGUUAACGGGGAUAUGCCUCAUUUCUUCAGCACCUUGCUUACUUCUUAAUUUUUUGCCAAACAGCUAAGGCAGUCUCAUCUUGAGCUUUCCUUUGUUGCUUAGCCACUUUUUUUUUUUUUCCCCCCCUUUUCAUUCCCAUGGUAUAUAUAUAGACAAAAAUAACUUUCCAGCCGAGAUUGUGAAUUCACUGGACUGUGGGAGUGCAGAAUGCUACUGGUCCCUUUGCCUUGUGCUAUAAGGGUGCCUCUGGUGUAAUUUGCUAAUCCUGCUUGCUGCUUUUUCCCCCCCGCCCCGCCCCGUCC